AGGUAGGCCAUGAAGGUCAUAGCUCUUCUCAGCCACAAUGCAUAGUCCCACAGCCACACAUCACAAAACAAAGGUUGCAAUCUUGUUGUGCCAUUGUAGAGAUCAUCAUUGUAUUCAUUACUUGAAUUCCUUGAAUGGUAUCUAGUAUUUAUAUUGAUGGCUAUAAAUUCAUAGUUCAUGUAUCCCAAUAACCACCUAUGAGACCAGCACAGAUGAUAAUAUGGCAGCAUACUUGCAGAUGCCUUGAAGGAUUUCCCAAGCAUGUUAGCUUAUACAGAUCACCCAAACAACACUUGUCCACCCUUUUCCCAACCCAAAUCCAAAUUCCCUCUCCACCCACACUGUCACAACCCAUGUACUCUGAACUCCUCCUAUCUGCCACAAAAUCCCUGUCUUUGAUCCAUGGGAAGGAAGUCCAUGCCCACAUUAUCAAGGCCUGCUUCACACCUUGCAUGUUUCUGCAGAACGUUCUCCUUAACAUGUACUGCAAAUGCGGUGACAUGUCCCUUGCACAGCACCUGUUUGACACAAUGCCUACAAGAGAUACCGUCUCUUGGAAUUCGCUUAUUACUGGGUACUCUCAAGUUGGAGUGUGCCGCAAGUCCUUGGAUGUUUUUAACGAGGCAAGGAGUGUGCAAACUAAGCUGGAUCAUUUCACCUAUGCUAGUGCACUGAGUGUGUGCUCUCAAAUUGGGGACCUGAAGAUGGGGAAAGUGAUUCACGGGAUGGUUUUAGUUAGUGGAUUUUAUCAGCGUGUUUUCUUGACUAACUCACUUAUUGAUAUGUACUCGAAAUGUGGUGGGAUCAGUGAUGCGAGUCUUGUUUUUGAUAGUUCAAGCGAAUUGGAUGAUGUUUCUUGGAAUUCUAUGAUCUCAGCCUAUGUUCGGAUUGGUUGGGAUGUGGAGACACUCAGGAAUUUUGCCAAGAUGCACCGGUUGGGAAUAAAGCCGAAUCCAUUUGCUCUUGGUGGUGUCUUCAAGUCUUGCUCAAGCCUUAGCAAUUCAGUUAUACUUGGGAAGAUGGUUCAUGGGUGUGUAAUUAAAGUUGGUUUGGACUCCGAUGUAUUUGUGGGCAGUGCAAUGAUAGACUUGUAUGCAAAGAAUGGCCUCUUGAGUGAAGCAGUCAUGGUCUUUAACUCCGUGCCUGAUCCUAAUGUUGUUGUGUUCAAUUCCAUGAUUGCUGGGUUUUCCCGGUUGGAGACAGAUGGAAAUAAUGAACAUAAUUAUGAAGCCAUAUGUCUCUUCUCCGAGAUGCAAAGGAGAGGAAUGAGAUCUUCAAAGUUCACGUUCUCAAGUGUGCUGAGAGCUUGUAACUUCCCCCAUGAUUUUGAGCUGGGGAAGCAAAUACAUGGACAAAUUUUCAAGAAUAACCUCAAGCGUGAUGAGUAUAUUGGAAGUGCACUAAUUGAGAUGUAUUCGAGCUCAGGUUCCAUUGAGGAAGGAUUCAAAUGUUUCCAUUCUGUGCUUAAGCAAGACAUUGUCACCUGGACAUCCAUGAUAUCUGGAUGUAUCCAGGUAGACCAUUUUGAGUGGGCACUGAGCUUGUUUCAUGAUUUGUUGGGCAUUGGCAUAAAGCCUGACCACUUCACUUUAUCAUGUUUGAUGAGUGCCUGUGCAAAUUUAGCUGUGGCAAGGUCUGGAGAGCAGAUCCAGUGUUAUGCCAUUAAAGUGGGAUUUAAUUGGUUCACCAUUAUAAAUAACUCCCAGAUAUUUAUGUAUGCAAGGUCAGGAGAUGUUGAUGCUGCCAAUCAGACAUUUCAGGAGAUGGAGAAUCGUGAUGUAGUGUCAUGGUCUGCAAUGAUCUCAAGCCAUGCACAACAUGGUUGUGCAAGUGAUGCUCUGAUGCUUUUCAAGGAGAUGGAAGGUUGCAAGGUUUCCCCAAACCAUGUUACUUUGCUUGGUGUUCUUACUGCUUGUAGUCAUGGAGGACUGGUUGAUGAGGGACUCAGGUAUUUCGAGCGCAUGAAAGUAUAUUACAACUUGUAUCCAAAUGCAAAGCAUUGCGCCUGUAUUGUUGACCUCCUCGGACGUGCUGGGAGGUUGGUUGAUGCCGAGAAAUUCAUACUAGACUCAUGUUUUCAUGAUGAUCCUAUCCUAUGGAGGGCUCUGUUGGGUUCUUGCCGAGUUCACAAGGACACUGAAAUGGGUACACAUGCGGCAGAACGAAUAAUGGAGCUUGAGCCUCAUUCCCCUGCCUCAUAUGUGCUACUUUACAAUAUGUACCUCGAUGCAGGAAGGAAAUCCUUUGCGAUGAGGGCAAGAGAUUUAAUGAAAGAAAGAGGAGUGAAGAAGGAACCAGGUCUUAGCUGGAUUGAGAUUGGUGCAUCGGUUCAUUCUUUUGUGGCAGGUGAUAAUUCCCACCCUGAAAGUCACGCAAUAUACGAUAAACUAGAAGAAAUGCUGUCCAAAAUAGAGAAGAUGGGUUAUAUCAAGAUGGAGGCUUUGGAGAUCAAUGGUUCCAGUCCAAAACAGAAUGGAAGUUUUGUGAACCAUCACAGUGAGAAGUUGGCAGUAGCACUUGGAAUGAUUCGUCUACCCCAGUUGGCGCCAAUUCGUGUUAUGAAGAACUUGAGGGUGUGUGUGGACUGUCACACAGCAAUGAAAUUGUUCUCAGAGAGUGAAAAGAGGGAGAUUGUCCUCAGAGAUCCUUUCCGGUUCCAUCGGUUUAGAGGUGGCUUAUGUUCUUGUGGGGACUACUGGUAAUUAUAAUUGGUGCAACACCAGCAAUGCCAUUAAACUUCACUAUGCCAUUCUGGAAAUCAACUGAACAGAAGGGAAGCCUAAAAAGCAAGGUGAAACAUGCUGAGGGCAUUUGUUGGUUCUGUGACUGUACAUCUUAUGGAGCAAAAGGAAAGUUGCUGUCCAUAAUUUAGUCAAAUUUCAACAUUUUCGAUGAUCGGCAAACAGAAUAUGACAGCUGAUAUCGGAUCUUUGCCCAAAGAAGAAAAGAAAAAGGAAGAUGAACCAAUGUAGGAACAAACAAGACAAGCAAAUUCACCGGCAACCAGUCAUUUUACCUCUUUGAAAGAAGCAAUUUCUCUACAGUUUUGAUCUUUAAGAGUACAUUAACCACCAUUAAUUGCUGUGAUCUGAUCUACCAAAUAUUAUUUUGCUCGCAUGUCUUCUGCAGUUUACGACGCUGAUCCAUAACAUUCAACGGUGAUGUUUGUGACGAUAACAUGUAGAAUGUCAAUGUAACCAUUUAUCAAGCACCGAGUAAACACAGGUAAAUCCAUUCGUAAGGAAUCAAAUUGAUUGAUAUUGUUGAUCAUUUUUCUAGCGGUGGGUCUUUUGUAGGGAAUGAUCCCACCGUAAAAAUAACAGUUGAUCUCCAAAUUGAUGUA